AUGGCCAAGACCCUCCAAAACCUCAAUUCCAUCUACACCAUUUUCAUAACCAUUUUCCUCUUCUUCUUCUUCUUCUUCUUCUUCUUAACCCUUGCCAAUGCAGAGGCUCACCGUUUCUCAAAACCCUUAUCUCCGUCAAAACAUGGUCUAAAGAAGGAGAAACUGAGCCAUCUCCACUUCUACUUCCAUGACAUAGUGAGUGGCAGAAACCCUACAGCUGUUAGAGUUGCUGAGGCACCCACAACAAACACUUCCCUGACUGGGUUUGGUGCUGUGGUCAUGAUGGACGAGCCAUUGACUGUUGGGCCUGAACUGGGCUCCAAGCUUGUCGGAAAAGCCCAAGGGAUUUAUGCUUCAGCUUCACAGAGUGAGGUGGGGUUUUUAAACCGUUUCUUUGCCUACAUCAAGCAAAGAAGUUUCUUCGAGUGCUAG